AUGAUUCGGCCCUCUUCACUUUAUCGUUCAGAUUCGCGAAGACAGCCUGCAUUAGAAGCUAAUGCUAAUAACAUUACUGAAGAUUCUAUUGACUGUGGUAUAGUCGCUUUGGGCUGUUGUAAUUCUCCGAAAUGCCAGAAAAUGGGAAACAAGAGAACCUUUACAAUCAUCUUAGUGCUAUGCGGAGUAAUUCAAGGAGCAAUUGAGUCAUAUUUUCGUUUAUCUGCCAAACAAUCAGCAUUGACUCAUGACUAUGAUCCAAGAAUCAUUGAUUGGUUGAUAGUCACAAGUGGAAUUUGUCAAGGAAUUUUUGCAAUAAUUAUUGCUUAUUGGGGAAAUAGGAUUCACCGUACAGGAUGGCUUGGUGGACUUUUCAUGAUUCAGUCCUUUUUGUGUAUUUUAAUUGUGAUUCCAACUCUUGUUCAUCAUUCUGAUGAAAAUAACACAAUUGGCGCGAUCGAGCUUUCAAUGUUAUGCGUUCGUCAGAGAUUAGAGAAUUUGACAGUUACUGAUUUACACAGCUCAACGACAUUAAUUCUUUUAUUUGUAUUACAAUUUGGAAUUGGAUUAGGAAUUAUCGCAUUUUAUUCACUUGGAUUCAGCUAUUUAGAUGAUAAUGUUCAUGAACAUGAAUCACCUGGGCUUAUUGCAGCCGCACUAGCUGCAAGGUUUUGGGGAACACAACUAGGAUCUUUAGUAUCGUUGAUGGUUGGAUGGUCUUCGUUUGGCUGGUUUUUAGGAUGGAUCAUUUUGGCGCCAAUUUUAUUCAUCAUUGGAUUUUUAGCAGUAAUGUUUCCAAAAAGACUAUUAAGUACCGUCGUGAGACAAGCUGCUAAUAAUAUUCUAGAAAGUUCUUCCAAUUCAGUACAUGCUACACUAUCAAAUGCAAAAUUCCUAGCUGAUGUAGAUUUCUUUCCUUCAUUUGUUCGCGUAUUCAGGAACAAAAUUGUCAUAUUUAAUAUCUUUGCUGCAGUCUUCAUACAGACAGGAAUGAUUAAUUUCUUUAGACAUGAAACAAAUUACUUACAAUCAAGAUUCUUUAUUCCGACAAGUGAAGCGGAUGGAUUGAAUAAUGAAUGGACUUCACAGCUUGUUGUGAACCUUAUGAAACCUCCAAUGCUGGCUCUGUCAAUUCUUGUAUCAGGUCUAAUAAUUGCAAAAGCUAAUCCGAGUAGUAGAAAAAUUGUAAUGUGGAAUAUUUUUGCAUGUAGUCUUGUGGUCAUCUUUUUUAUUGUGUCGAUUUUCAUAAAAUGCGAGCAUUCACCACUAGCUGGUUCAUAUCGAGGAAAAAUAAUUAAACCAUAUUGCGCUCAUUCUUGUUUAUGCUCUGACAACACUCCUUUCUUGCCUGUCUGCCCAGAAAAUAGCAUUCAAACGUUUUACAGUCCUUGUCAUGCUGGAUGUGGCGCUGAAAUAAUGUUAAAUAAUGUCCGAGUGUUUGGAAACUGUAGCUGUGGAGUUGAUAUUAUGUUACCAAUGGCAGAUACGAUAGCAACAGAAGGAGCAUGUAACAUGUCCGAUUGUCAGCCAUAUUGGAUAGCUUUUCAUGGAUUAAUUAUAUUGGCUUCUUCUCUUAUUGCUUCGACUUUGAUUGGAAAGAUUAUCAUAUCAUUAAGAGCUGUAUUACCUCAAGAUAAAUCGUUGGUAAUUGGCUUGGAACUAUCGCUUAUUGGAAUCAUAGUCUAUGUACCAGGAAAGAUGGGAUAUCGUCUUAUAGCAGACAAGACAUGUCAGUAUUUUGCACCUGAUGGAUUUACAUGCUUUCUCCACGAGUCACCAUUAUUUGGGAACUGGAUGAAUAUUAUAACAGCAUUACUAAUAAUUUUGGGUAUUAUAUUUGAAGUAAUAUUGCUAUUCGUUGUGGGUGACUUGUUGCUUUAUGGUGAUGAGCCUGAUGAUGUUUAUAGACCAAUUGAGAUGAAUACAUAUCGAAAUGGAGAUUCAGUAAAUCCACCUGUUGAUGACAAUCCAACUCCUAAUACUGCAUUAUUACAGCAAAUCACUCAAAGUGUUGAACCUGAAAGUUCACCUCUUGGACCUACUUAUGCACAAAUUCAACGACAUAAUGCCACUAAUAAUGAAAAUCUUGAUUUCCGUUUACAAUCACAAAGAAGUGAAAAUGGUUCUGUGGCAUCUGAUUAUCGUUCCGUUUCUUCCGGUUAUGUUAACUUACCACCUAUUACAGUAAGAAGUAAUAGCAAUCGACCUCAAAGUCCUGAAACAAGUUUUUGA